GUGAAAGAAGCAUGCUUGGAAAGGCUGUAAUGUUAAUCCUGUCAUAAUGUCAUCAAAAAAGAAAAAUAAGGGAAAACCCGUAAGACCGAACGAAUUUGAGAACAGCACCGAUUGUUCCUUUGACUCUUCUGGACUCGCCCAUGGAGACCGACCAACUACUUCCAAUGAUUCAUUCACAGUAAUCGACUUCAUUGAUAAAGUGGACGAGAAGGUACAGAAGAGAUGCAGGAGAUUUCUUGCCCAGCUGAGUCUGAACUCCAUGAAGGCUGCAGAUAUCUGCAUCGGACGACCUGUCCUGGUCUCUAGUCCUGCUGGGCAGGAGGUGUGCAUGGCCUGGCCUGUGGCUGCUUUUCCGGGGGGGCAAGUGGGCCUGCAGGGGGGAACCCAGCGUAGCCUGAGGGUGAAGUCGGGGGACAGGGUCACAGUUCGGCGGCUGACCGGACCUGUGCUGCAAGUGGAGGCGCUGCAUCUGUCCCUAAGAGAAAAGGAUGACACACUCAACAUGGAGGAGUUCACUGAUUUUGUUCUCCGGUCUCUGGAUGGAAAAGUGGUUCUCCCGGGAAACACCCUCUUCCUGACCUUUUACGGGCGUCCCUGCACCCUGAGGGUGGAGAGGGUGAGAACAGUGGAUGGGGUGACCCUAGAGAGGCAGGACACCCCUGCUGACGAGGCGGAGGUGGAGCCGUCGGACACGCCCAUUGUGGAUGCCACACCCGCGGACCUGUCCCUCUCCCUGGGGCUCAGUGCGCUGGAUAUUGAUGAUAAACAGCCCCCCCCUGCAACCAGCACCCCCUACCGGCCCGGCAACCUCUCUCCUGACUCCCGCCCCUGCCUGCCUGCGGCGCCCCGAGAACCCGGUUGCCUAGGCGAUCGAAGCACUGGGAGCAAGGAAUGCACGGUUGACUCUGAGCAGGCACUUACAGCGCCCCUUGGUGGAGCCUCCAGCGAUGGCACAUUCUAUCGAAUUUGCCUGCUGACCAAGGUCAUGGUGGUGGGGAAGGGGGGCAAGGGGGAGGAGGUGGAGGAGGUUGGUGGGGCAUCCAGAGUCACGUACGACAUGAUUGGUGGCCUCAGCGACCAGCUGGGGGUGAUCAGGGAGACCAUUGAGCUUCCCCUCAAACACCCCAAAAUCUUCAGGAGCUACGGAAUCCCACCCCCUCGGGGAGUCCUCCUUUACGGCCCUCCUGGGACAGGGAAGACCUUGAUUGGCCGAGCAAUAGCCAAUGAGGUUGGAGCUCACAUGAUCUUCAUCAACGGCCCUGAGAUCAUGAGCAAGUUUUACGGAGAGACAGAGGCACGGCUGAGACAGAUUUUUGCAGAAGCUGCUCAAAGGCAACCUGCGGUAAUCUUCAUCGACGAGCUGGACGCAUUAUGUCCGAAGCGGGAGGGGGCGCAGAAUGAGGUGGAGAAGCGUGUAGUCGCCUCUCUCCUCACCCUCAUGGACGGGAUUGGUUCUGAGGGCCACAGUGGGCAGCUGCUAGUGCUGGGGGCCACCAAUCGGCCCCAUGCACUGGACCCUGCCCUGCGGCGGCCCGGGCGAUUCGACAAGGAGCUGGAGGUGGGUGUGCCCAGCGCGGAGGGGCGGGCCGAUAUCUUGCGCAGGCAGCUGAGCGCCAUGCCUUGCCAGCUGACCCCGGAACAGCUGACUGUGCUCACAGACACCGCACAUGGCUACGUGGGGGCGGACCUGGCUGCAGUCUGCAAGGAGGCAGGGCUCCAUGCGCUGCGGAGGGUGCUAUCUGGUGAUGCUACCCUCUCAGACCAGCAGGCCAUGGGUGCAGUGACGGUCACCUUUCAGGAUCUCCAGUGGGCCAUGUCAGAGGUCAAACCCAGCGCUAUGCGGGAGGUGGCUGUGGACAUCCCCAAGGUGCGUUGGUCGGAUGUGGGCGGUAUGGAGGAGGUGAAGCUGAAACUGAAGCAAGCGGUGGAGUGGCCCCUGAGGCAUCCCGAAUCCUUUACCCGAAUGGGGAUCCAGCCCCCUAAAGGGGUGUUACUAUAUGGCCCCCCAGGCUGCUCCAAAACCAUGAUAGCCAAAGCCCUGGCUAACGAGAGCGGACUGAACAUCCUGUCUGUCAAGGGUCCUGAACUACUGAGCAAAUAUGUGGGGGAGUCUGAGAGGGCUGUCAGAGAGGUUUUCCGGAAGGCGAGAGCAGUUUCCCCCUCUAUUGUCUUCUUCGAUGAGAUCGAUGCCCUAGCCAUUGAAAGAGGAAGUGCGGGUGGGGCUAGUGUAGCAGACCGUGUUCUGGCGCAGCUGCUAACUGAGAUGGAUGGGGUGGAGCAACUGCGUGAUGUCACAGUACUGGCUGCCACCAACCGUCCCGAUAUGAUUGACAAGGCUCUGAUGCGGCCUGGGCGGUUGGACCGUAUCGUGUAUGUGCCCCUGCCGGACGCAGCCACACGGCGAGAGAUCCUGGCCCUUCAGUUUGGGCGUAUGCCCGUGGCCCCCGACGUGAGCCUGGAUGAUCUGGUGAUCCGGACAAAGAAGUACUCGGGAUCAGAGAUAACCGCUGUGUGCAGGGAGGCUGCCCUCUUGGCCCUGCAGGAGGAUAUCGGAGCCCGGAGCAUCAUGGGAAGGCACUUUGAGGGCGCCCUGGAGUUGGUGCAGCCCCGGAUACCUGAGUCCCUAAUUCAGUCCUACAUCAGCUUCCAGCAGAAAAGCGGUCUGCACGUUCUCUGAGGCGGCCUGGCCGAGCUCGUUCACGGCUGAGAAUUAAUCUUCAGAACUGGAACUAAUAGAACGCGCGUCACCCCGCGUGCACGCUCUUCCGCUGGGUACAGAGUCCCCUGAUUACAAGGACGCGGAGCUGGCCGAAAGUGGCGCCGCGGAGACAGAGGUCUGAAGAUCGCACUGUUUUCGCCUGGAAUUUGCAUCGCCGCAAGAAAGUCGAACACAGAAGUCUGCUUUUUCUUUCAGACUACACAACAAAAUGCAUUUGCAGGAAAAACGUGUACCAAUAAAGAAAACUGAAUAAAUAUAAUAAAGCUGUUUAUUAGUUUGCUUUGAAAA